AAAAGUUUGGUUUGGCCGCCAUGUUUUUUCCACCGCUGUAGCACAACAUUAGAGAGAAGUUACCAAGCUCUUCCACCCAUGGAGGUCUGCUGUGCGCUUGGACAGUUUCCAUUUCAUGAGGCGCUUCAACUGUGGCCUUACUACAGAACACCACCCUUUAUAUGGCACCUUUUGUGCCAAGCUGUCAUCCUGUGUUUUUGAAUGGGACCAGGAGGAUGUGCAACGUCUGAAGGAGGCCAAGAGAGAGGAGUAGAAGAAUAGCCACAGUGGACAUGCUCCCACUGAGGAACAGAUUUUCAUCAAAACAGGGGAACUGAGGAAACACUGCCGGAGGAGGACGCGUGCAGUGGAGGAGAUGCGACGCAUGAUUUCAGGACUGUUGGAAUCUAUGUGGGAGCUUACAGACACCACAGGGUUGCCUUUGGUGAGCCAAGACAGCAUGCGCCAUAUUUGGGAGGUUCAACAGAAGCACCUGGAAUGCCUCCAAGACCCUGCAGGUGUUGCACUCUACACUAAGGUGGGGACACUCCAAAAGGGUGGCAAAGAGGUGAACAUCCUUAGGUGUGGUAGAGGGUCCUCCUCCCUGGAGAGUUUCCACCAACACCAGUGCGUUUUCAUUCCAGGCUGGCAGUGCAAUGCAUUACAUAUGCAGAUGUACAUGCUGGAGGGGCUAUCAAGGUGGAAUAUGGGCCGGGCCAAGGAGGCUUUAGCUGUGGAGGGGGGCCUCAACCCUUAGAAGCUUUGAUGUUCGACUGAUGUCCCACCUUAACAACUUAAGCCAGAGAGUCCAUGGUUGUCCUCUAGUAGCAGAAUUCACCCCACCCGGGAAACCUACUGAGGAGCAUAUAGCGGUGGAGUAUUUAUUGGCCCAGACCAACAGAGGGGACCUGCUUGCUCCAUCGCAUGUCCCUGAAAUCCCCUUACAGGGGCUUGAGGAGGAGGAGGACGAUGAGGCAGAUAGCACCAUAGAUGUGUCUGAGCUGGUGGCAAGUGAUCCUAAUGACCAGUUGUUGGAGGGUGACACUGCACCCGAUGUCCUUGUCACAGAGACCACACAAUGUGACUCCAGAGGUGCCGUGGGAUGGGAUGCAGUUGAUGCCCUGGCAGCCUACCUGGUGAGCUUGAAUCGCACAAUCACAGCUUUGUCAACCAAGGAGGAGGCAGACAUAGUUCACCUGUACACAGCUCUCCAUGACAUGGACAAGGCACCAUCAAGGUAUUCCCAUAAGGCUAGAAAGAGGGCACGUGUGUCAGCAGGACCAUGGAGAGCUCCCAGAAAGCCGAGUACCUCUGCACCUGGACUGCAGGCUGCAGAAAGACUAUACAUGACUCAUGGCCAAGCAGCCCAGGACCCUGAAGUAAACAGAGUCAGUGAGUGUGUUUGCCUCAGACUUGCCAAAGAGUUUGAGCAAGUUCGCAACAGGCCCAAGGACACAAAGGGGAAAACCAUGCCCAUCCCUCAGUCCAUCGUCAGCAUCUACAGCCACAUUAGACAGCUGCUGGAGGACAGCAGGGUUGUCCUGGACCAGACAAACUUGGUUCUUGUGCCAGUUAACAACACCACUGUCUCUUCAUGGCUACUCAGGAGGGACAAGAGGAGGGACAGGGAUAUGCUGCUGCAAGACACGGUACUUCCCAAGCAGCUACCUCUGGCCAAGGAGCCUCUCCCUGCAGUGAACACACUUCCAGAUGUUCCUGUGCAACAAGCACGUGAGACAAUGACAUUUGAAGACCCUGAAAAUCAUGAGGGAGAAGCUUUCCCCGCCAGCGCACUCUGGCAGCAAACAAACAACCUGUGUUCUAUCCACCAUAUGCCACUUUCCCUCCACAAUUUGUGCCUGCCACUCCACUCCAGCAAGCUCCUCAGUGGCAGCAUCUUCCUUCUUAUCUGCAUGCUCCCUCUCUUAUGCACUCUCCAUUUGCCCAUGCUCCUCCACUGCAGCCAGCUCCUCCAUUGCAGUUAGCUCCUCCAUGUCCUGGGGCUGCUCCAUGUCCUGUUGCUCCUCCAUGGCAGAAAGCUCCUCCCGUGUGCCCUCCAUCUGAGCCAAGGCAACGUGCCUGGAGGCUAAAAAAAGCUGCUCAAGAGGAUGAGGAGCUAGUGUCAAGGGGGGAACCACCAAAGAACAGGCUGGCAAAGGAAAAGUACCAUUACACCUGCAAGCAGUGUGGCCAGGACAAAAGUAAAAGGACUGGACACACCCAGAUGAAGGGUCGAUGGUAUUGUCCAGCCUCAGGACUGACCCUGGAUGAAUGGAGGAAGACUUUACAGUAAAUGCUGUCACUGUGACUUGUUCUCCCAUUUUAUGUCUCUGUUUGUCUGUCUGUUGGACAGUUUGUGAGACAGUGUUCAUUGCACGCUGCAAUAAAGUUUUAAUAUAUUUGUUUGAGCCAAAA